AUGCAAUUUUCCAUAUUCCUAGUUACGUAUUUACUUACGGCGACGAAGAAUAAAACUAUCGCUAUAUUUUUUCCUUUUCCUAGUUCUUCUUCCAAGCGCAGGAUAACCCCAAGGGGUUGUGGGUUUUUUUCUACCAAUGGGAGCUUCCCCUUCACCUCCCCCAUGGGGGUGGUCCACAGGGUUCAUAACUACCCCUCUUACUACGGGGCGUUUACCUAG